AUGCACCAUUCUGCUGCGCAGGCCCAUGCGGCAGCGGAAGACGCUAAGGAGAACCCUUGUGAGCUGCUGCAGCAAGUGCAGCAAGGGCAGCAGCAGCAAGUGCUGCUUUCGCUGCUCUUCAGGCAUGGCGCUGCUGAGACAGAUGCCCAAAGCAGCAGCAAUGUAGUGGCUGGUAAGGAUGAAGCAGCAGCAGUUCUUUCGGACAAACUGGAACUAUUGGAGCCGCAGGUGAGUGGCACGCAGCUCCCGAGCACACUCUUCUCUACACGAGCAGCAGCAGGCGGCGGCAGCACUGAGGACGGUAAAUCUACUAUCGCCAAAGCAAUUGACGGCAAUAAACGCAGCAGCACCAAUACACGCAGCAGCAGCAGCAGCAGCAGCAGCAGCAGACUAGCAACCAUGGCACCAGCAGACUGUGUUGGCGUGGGCGCCGUAGGUGAGUUGAAGCCUCCACAGCGGGAGGUCUGUGCUGCCUCCAAUGAGAAGCAGCAGCAGACGCUAUUGCUUGUGCUGCAGCAGCAAAGCAAGUGUGUCGGAAGCAGCUCUGCUGCUUCCCCACCAGUCCGCCAGGCACCCAGCAAGUUGCGCACCGCCAGCAUUUUCAAUUUGAAUUAA